AUGACCCGAUCCAAGCAGCGGGAGAGGCAGUCGACAGAGGCAGCGCUGUCCGCGGGUGGCGAUGGCGCAACCCCAAUCCUCCUCUUCCGCAUCGCCAUUCCCGAGCGCCAGAAGAAGUCGUGGCAGACCGCCUUCGCCCCUCCGCCAUCCUCGCCCCUGCACCACUGCGCCAUGGGGUAUGCCGCCACCGCAGGCGUCGUGGGGGGCGGAAGGCCAGGGGCAGCGCGGUACGUGGUGACAGUAGCGGAUGAUGCUAUAGAGGGUGCGCCUGAGGGGAGUCUCAGGUGGGCAGUGGCGAACCUUGGCGGAGAACCUGGGGGAGGGCCCGGCGAGCGGCAGGGGCUGUACGUGACGUUCAACCGGUCGAUGACGAUUCGGCUCAAGUCGCGCCUGUUCCUGGCGUCGCACACCACAAUUGACGGGCGGGGCGUGCGUGUGAGGCUGCUGGGCAACGGCUUGGUACUGCAGAACGUGACCAACGUCAUCAUCCACAACAUUGAACUUGGGAACCAGCCUGGGGAUCAUGAUGUGCUCCCCAUUCGCAGCAGCCAGGUGGUGUGGAUCGACCACUGCCAUGUGUACAACGGCCACCGCGGCACUGUAGACGUCGUCUACAACUCCACGGAUGUGACUAUAUCGAAUUGCCACAUCCACAACCACCGCCUGACCAUGCUCUUGGGGGCGGACGACUCGCAUGAGUACGACCGCAACAUGCGCGUUACUGUGUAUCGCAACUGGUUUGAGAAAUCCGGGCAGCGCCAGCCGCAUUGCCGCUGGGGACAGUGCCACGUGGCAAACAAUUUGUACACUGAUUGGGCGUUCUACUGCCUUGGUGGGAGAGUCUUUGCUAAGAUUCGGUCAGAGGCGAAUGUUUUCCGGGCAGGGCGGGCACGGAAGGAGGUGACGCCGUGGUUUGGAGAAGCAAGUUUGACGACUCCUGGCUUUGACAAUACGCCAACGAUCCUUUCGUAUGGCGAUUUGCUUUUGAAUGGAGCUACCUUUCACCAGUUUCAAGGGAAGGAGCCCAUGUUUGAUCCGCCUUAUCGGCUUCCUCUUUAUGAUGCCUCGGAUCUCAUGGAGACCUUCCUGAGGCAGAGUGCAGGGCCUCACCGGACUAUCCUUUUCCUCCCGCUCGUUGCGGUGCAACUCGCAUCGCCUCUAUUUCAGGAGCCGCCGCCGCACAUCCGCGCGAAGCCAAACCCCGCCGACAUGCUGGACUGGCACUUCGUGCUGGAGGGCAGCCCCGGCACGCCGUACGAGGGCGGGUGGUACCACGGACGGCUCAGAUUCCCCGCGGACUACCCCUUUAAACCGCCGAGCAUCAUGAUGCUUACCCCUAACGGACGAUUUGCCACCAGCACCCGCAUAUGCAUGAGCAUGAGCGAUUUCCACCCCGAGACGUGGAACCCCAUGUGGUCCGUCGCCAGCAUUCUGACCGGCCUUCUCUCCUUCAUGUCGGACGAUGCAGUGACGGCGGGCAGCAUAGUGGCGUCAGAAGCAGACAGGCGCAAGCUAGCACGCCUCUCCAUGCCCAACAACUGCCGCAGCCCCGUGUUCCGCAAGCUCUUCCCGGACCUGGUGGACAGCUACACGGCGUCACUGGCAUCGGCAGCAGAGGCAGCAGAGGGGGCAGAUUCCGCCAGCAGAGCACAAGGGGAUGGCGCAGAGGGGAGGGGGAAGGGUGCAGGGAAGGGCAGGCGGGUGGUGGAAGCUGCUGCUGCAGUGGUGGGGAGUCGGGAAGGGAAGGGCAGUGAAGGGGGGAGGGAGCUGAGGGUAGGAGGUCAGGGAGGGGCAGAGAGAAAAGAGGGGGGCGUGCGGAGGGUGGUUAGAACAGGAGGGAAGACGGGUGUUGCUGGUGCGUUUGGUGCAGGGAAGACAGCAGAGGCAGGUGCAGCAGGGUCAAGCAGUGCGAGUGGGAAGCAGCAGCCGGGCCUGUCAAGCUUGUCGUUUUGGGUCACUGCUGCCGUUGUGCUGCUGUGUGGGUGUGUCAUGGCGGUGCCGUUCCUUGAUUCCUUGUCCUCCUCUCUGCUUCGGUUAUCUUGA